UUUUCGGCUCCCUAUAAAUGUGACAGCGAUUGUGUAACUGUAAGAAAUCGUUACCUGAUUUUACAUUCAGCAAUAUUCCUAAUGUUAAAACGCACGAACAAAUUAACGGUACUGUGUUUUUAAAUAUUGGUAUUGGAUCUGCCUAUGGACAGGGUCAUCCAUGAUUUAUAGAACAGUUAAUAUUAUUCAAAACCAGAGGAAACUUUUAUACAUACAUAUACAUGUAGUGAAAUGACAGACACGGAACAACAAGAAGAUGAACUCUUAGCACUGACCAGUAUUUAUGAUGAAACAGUGCUGUCAGUGUCAGAUGAUACUGAAGAACCUGGGGGACAGUUUCUAGUCAGUUCACAUAUACCGGAAAAUUUUAGUAUAAAGUCUCUAUCUAAAGACAACAAGAUAGAAGAGCAUGUAGUGAAGAACCUGCCACCUAUUUCUCUAAACUUCCAAUUGCCAAAAGAUUACCCUUCAGUAAACCCUCCACAGUUUACUUUGUCGUGUAAAUGGUUGAAUAGGAAACAGCUUACUAAUUUAUGUCUAAGAUUAGAUGAAAUUUGGGAAGAAAAUAAACCAUGUGUUGUUGUGUUUUUAUGGACAAGUUUUCUUCAGGAUGAAUCUUAUGAAUUUCUUGGCUUAUCUGAUACAUUAGACUUAACUAUGCCCCAAUCCAUAGAAAGGAAACAAUCAACAGAGAAGUAUGAUCCAAGAGCUAUCCAGGACAUUGCCUCUCAAAAUAGACUGCUUGCAACACUUAUUGACUAUGACAAGCAAGCUAAACAGAUUGAAUUUGACAGAUCAUUGUUUGAGUGUAAAGUUUGUUUUUGUGAUAGAACAGGGUCACAGUGUAUUAACUUCUAUGAAUGUGGUCAUGUUUACUGUAAGGAAUGUAUGAAGGAAUACUUCACAGUUCAGAUUGGUGAAGGAAAUGUGAAUGGUUUGUACUGUCCUGAGGACAAAUGUGAAUCACAAGCUCACCAAUCUCAGGUUAAGGAACUUGUUCCACCAGAAUUAUAUACGAAGUAUGAUAAACUCCUUCUACAGACUGGUUUAGAUACUAUGCUGGACAUAGCCUACUGUCCUCGGCCAUCCUGUCAACAGCCUGUUAUCAUGGACAAGGAGAUGUCCAUGGCUUCCUGUGCUAGCUGUUGUUUUGUAUUUUGUACCCUUUGUAAACUUAGUUAUCAUGGAUUGUCACCAUGUAGGAUAAAAGCAGAUGGAUUAAGGAAAUUGAAAGAUGAAUGGUUAAAUGGAGAUGAGGCCACAAGAAAACUACUAGAGAAGAAAUAUGGUAAAGCUGCCAUUCAACAGGCUGUAGAGGAAUCUUGUAGUAAUGAGUGGUUAAACAGCUUUGCCAAAAAAUGUCCCAACUGUGGAGCACAAAUACAGAAAAUAGAUGGUUGUAACAAGAUGACCUGUAUGAAAUGUAGAGCCCAUUUCUGUUGGAUUUGUAAUGCCUUCCUGGCGAAAGCUAACCCGUAUUCACACUUCAGUGAGAUGGGCAGUAAAUGUUUUAACAGAUUGUUUGAGGGUGUUGACAUGGGAGAUGAUGAUGAUGAUGACUGGGAUCAGUGGAUAUAAAUAGGAACAGGAAGAGACCCAAGGGAGAUAAUUUUAUGGCAUCAGUUGAUAUAAAUAGGAACUAGAAGAGACCCAAGGGAGAUAAUUUAUUAAGGGAUACAUCAGUCCAAAUGUAAUUAGUUAUUUUGAAAAAUUAGUCAUUGAAGAAUUAACAAUAUUUUGAGUUUGCAAAUUAAAUUUUUAGAUCAUUUUCAUUUUUCUAAAUAUGAUUUCUAUAAGAAUUGGAUGUAUGAUUUGUAUUUUUGAAGGUAUUGUCUUUUUCUAGGAAAAGUUGAAUGAUUAUUCUCAAGUCAUACAUGUCAUAGGUGACAGCUGCAUUUUUUUACUUUACACAUUUUAAACAAACAAAAAAUUACAUGUACCGGUAAAACAAUACAAAAUUGAAUUCUACCAAAGAAUGUACAUAAAACAGGAGCCUGUUGUUUAGUGGUUGUCGUUUGCUGGUGUGGUUCAUAAGUGUUUCUCUUGUCUCAAUUAUUAUACAGAUUAGACUGUUGGUUUUCCUGUUUGAGUUGUUUUACACUAGUCAUGUUGGGGCCCUUUGUAGCUUGCAGUUCGGUGUGAGCCAAGGCUCUGUGUUGAAGGCCGUACUCUGACCCAGGGCUUCCAAAAUUUCCUGACGACAGCCGGACAUUUUUCAAAGAAAUAUUUUGACGGUCAAUGAUCAGCUGGAUACUUAAAUGUAACUGAGAGGAUGCAUAAAUUGAUAUAUGUGUCUAAAUAAUUAGUAGUGUUAUAUGCAAUAAAAUUAUUUAUAACUGUUUUGUUUUCUUCAUUCUAAAAAUAAAUAAAAUAUUAUCCUCGGUAUUGUGUCAUUUUUCUGUGUAUCGUAAUACAGUAACCAUCAUUGCAUCAAUCAGUUUAUAUAAUCUAUCUUCUCUCUGUGAGUACUUAACACUUCGAAAUUAAGGGUAUCAUAUUUGAAACUGUUGAUGUUGGCUUUAAUUGCAGUACAACCUGAUCAUCAAUACACGUGAUACUUUUCUUUUUGUGUAUUGAUUACCUGACCACGUGACUUUUACAACUGAUGCGGUAUUUAUAGAUAACAUUGAGGAGGCCCAAUGAAGGAUAUUGUUUUAAACUGUGUAAUAUCUACUGAACAGUAAGAACAUUUUUCUUUGUACAAUUUCCCAACCUGAUUUAGAAAAUAAGAAGAAUAAAUAAAAACAUACUCAGUUGAUAAAUAAUUUAAACUAAUUUUCAGUUCACCAGCUUUGAGGUAUAAUAAGUACAAAAUUAAAUGUUUUUGCGUAGCCAGAUCAGUUGACUCUUCGAUCAUAAUUCCCACGGCGGGACUUAACUUUACGUCGGACAUCACCUCUUUCUCUAUAAUAUCGGAAAUUGUCUGAAUAAAUUCGGAGCUGGCAUUGUUCUCUUGAUGUAAUUUAGAAGUGAUCACGGCACCAUUUAACUUAGUUAAAUCAUUUAUUGACUGAAAUUUGUCCAUUGGUAAGUUUUCUUUAGCAAUUAAGUAAGCAUUACGGAACAAGGUGCACACAUUGCGUUGUCAGUCUUUUCAUGAACUUUCUCAAAUACUGAUUUGGUCAUUGCUAUUAGCAUGCUCUACAACGGCUGACUUUCGAAAAGUUAUUUUUAAGUUUAUGUUUUUGACAAAUGUCACAAAACAUGGCAUUUAGCAUACUGUCAAAUCUUAACCAUAAAAACAGUUGUAACCAUUUAUGAAUAAAGCUUCUAGCAUUUUUAGCAGAUUUGGAAUUUUGAUCGGAAUCGUCACGUUUACGUUUGCCCAUGAUGGCAGAUUUGUAAAGUUCAAUUUGAGACAAAGUCUUUAUAACAGUCGGAGAUUGUCAUGAUUGGAUAUUCUUCUUUAUGAUUUCAAUUAUAAAAACAGUUUUUAAUAUGAAAACAAGAAUAGAGAACGCCCCCCUUAUUUAUUGGACAACUCAGCUAUUCUCGGUGUUUUUCCUAUAUAUUUCAAUAAAUUUUCCCCUUUAGAGUACCCCAGUAUUUAACACGAUGUACAGUGUUAAAUAAAAUAAUAUAUAUCAUACUUAUUCAUUUAUAAAUAUCCUUAUUUGAAGAAUAACUUUUAAAUAUCAGGAUACUUUUUUAAACUGAAUGCUCAUUUAAAAUAAUAUCUAUAAAGCGUAAUUAAAUAGGAUGUUGUUCCAUACACGCUUACAUGUUUGACCUUGUUUACCUGAUCACCUUUAUGUACAGUGUUAUGCAUCAUUAAUUCAAUUGAUAAAGACAAGCUACGGACACCUCAUCAAAGGUUACAAACCUGUAAUCAGUGAAUGAUUUAUGGCUUCAAUAUAACUUAUUGAAGGGUUAAUUGUUUGACAGCUUGUUGUUAUUUAAAUAAAAGAAAACGUUUUUUAUCUACUUUUUAUUGAUGUACACAAGCUAAAGACCAAGCGGUACAUUUAUGUACCCAGAGGAUUAGACUAACUGAGACACUUCAAAGUAUCUGAAAUAUGCUGCAUCUGUUUUAUUAAACCCAAUUAUGACCGAAAUAUCUUUGUGAAAUAGAUUGCCACAAUUAUAAACUAAAAUGCUCAAACGGACAUGCCCAAAGCCCCAAACGGACAUUUUUAUCGAUCGAUAGUUGGUAAAAAUUGAAAUGACCGUUUUAUGAAAAUGCCUUAAAUAACAAAAAGUGGCAAACCAAUUCUAUUUGAUCGUUUGAGGCUGAGAGCAGCUGGACUUUUUAUGAAAGUUUCGGUCAAGUCCGGAAUAUAUGACCGUUUUGGAAGCCCUGCUCUGACCUAUAGUUUUAACUUUUUAAAGAUUGGGACUUGGAUGGAGAGUUGCUCAUUGGCCCUCAUACCACAUCUUCUUAUUUGAAGUCACUAAAAGCAAGUUCAGAGUAAUAGUAAUGAUGCCUUUUUACACAGAACUUUGGAACCAUUUUAAUAUAGUUUGCUAUAAACCUUUAACCUCAAUAGCCAGAUCCUCUCUGAAUUGAUAGGUUGUUUUAUAUAUUAUUCCUGAUGAUGUUUCAGUGAUUUGAAGUAAUGAGAUGUUAAAUGUGAACACUGAUAUCCACACUUAUACAGUAUCAAUUUUUCUAGUGUUUCUAACAUUGAGGGCAUUGAUAUGUAACUUAGCAAUUUAAAUUAUACUGUUACCCGUUUAUCUUUAUGUAAAUAUCAAGUAAAUGAGAAAUGUCUGGUUUGAAGGGAGAAAUGUCAAGUUCGAAGGGAGAAAUGUCAGGUUGGAAGGGAGAAAUGUCAAGUUGGCAGGGAGAAAUCAAAUGUCAAGUUGAAAGUAAGAAAAAUCCAAUCGGAAGGAAGAAAUGUCAAGUUGGAAGGGAGAAAUGUUAAGUUUGAAGUGAGAAAAAUCCAAUUGGAAGGAAGAAAUGUCAUGUCAACUUAGGAGUGAGAAAUGUAAAUUGGAAGUAAGAAAUGUCAUGUUGGAAGUAAGAUUCAAGUUUGAAGUAAGAAAUGUCAUGUUGGAACUUGGAAGUAAGAUUGUAAGAAAUGUCAUGUUGAAAGUAAGAUUCAAGUUUGAAGUAAGAAAUGUCAUGUUGGAAGUAAGAUUCAAGUUUGAAGUAAGAAAUGUCAUGUUGGAAGUAAGAUUGUAAGAAAUGUCAUGUUGAAAGUAAGAUUCAAGUUUGAAGUAAGAAAUGUCAUGUUGAAAGUAAGAUUCAAGUUUGAAGUAAGAAAUGUCAUGUUGGAAGUAAGAUUCAAGUUUGAAGUAAGAAAUGUCAAAAUGGAAAUGAGAAAUUUUAAAAAUGGAAUGUCCCUAUAUGUUUUUUCGUACAUUUCCUGCCUAAUUAUGAUAACUGUAUUGCAGUGAUAUAGUUAAACAUGUCUAAGAUUGAUACUGUUAUAAGGAGAUAGGGCUAUAGGACAAAAUUUUCAAAUGCUAUUGAAUUAGAAAAAAGUAGAGGAGCUGAAAAACACAAACACAACACCAGCAAAUGUCAAAAUGUAAGAAUUAGGGAAAAGUAAUUGAUGAAAUUUGUUUCAUAGGGAUAUUUUUGGAUAAUUAAUAUUAGUAUAUUGAAAAAAAAGGGUUUAAGGCAGCAAUAGAAAAAUUAUACAGAGAAUUUUUCAACUGUAAAAGAUUUAAUAUCAAUUGUAUGUUUCUAUACUUUCUACCCCUGAAAGAAAUUUUGGUAAAUUCAGAGGUCAAUACAAUGUUUUUAUUCAGGACAAAAGGCAUAAAGACGAAUAUUUCAGUAUAUAUGUAAGUAUCUUAAAUCUUCAUUCUUUGUACACAUUGUUAUGAAUGAAUUCCCCUUGAAAUUCUAUAAUUCCUGCUUUAUAUAUAAAAAUAAAAAGAUAUGGUAUGAUUGCCAAUGCAAUGAGACAACUCUCCGCAAGAGACCAAUAGUAUUUUCAUUUUCCCAUUCAUUGCUGUGCUUCAUGUAAAAUGAUUUAUAAAGAUUUUCUAUACCUUAGUUUUAGUGAUAUUAUCUCACCUCACUAGAUGUAUUAUAGAAAUUAACCUUUUAAGGUAAACAAUGAGAUAUUAUUUCACAUUGCCUUUUUAGUUUAAUGAAUGAAGUCUGAAUAGCAGUAUUUUUUUUUGAACACUAGUAUUCUGAAAUACAAUUUCAGUUCCAAUAAUGAUAAUGAUUUAAAACAUUUCAACUAAGAAUUCAUAUAUUGCACCUCAGGAUUUGAAAUCUACUGCAUCACAUUUCUAAAUAUCUCAAUUUCAGUAAAUUUUAGGUAGUAAUUUAUUUAAACAAUUAAAGCAAUGAUUUAUGUUCAAGUAUAUUAACUAAUUUAUAAAGAAGUAAAUGAAAAUAGAUUUCACUGUUGUAUUUAUGAAAAUAUUUGCUUUAGUAGGUGUUGUCAAAAUAUCUUUCAUAUGUUAACUACUAAGUAUUUCUUGAUAUAUUUUUGGGGCAUUUUUGGCUCUUAUUUAUGUUUAAAAUGUGGAUCUCAUAGACACACUAUUCUUACAUGUUGAUCAAGUUCGGCAAUCGCUAUGAAAAUUAUGUUUUUCAAAAGUUUGGUAAAAUUCACCCCAGCAUGAAUAAAUGCAAUAAAUCAAGCUCUCAAUUACACCUAUUUGAUAAAAGUUGUGAAAAUUUAAACAGAAGUAAUCAAAGAUGUGCCAUCAAAUUCCUCAAAUAACAAAAGAAAAAUUUGAAUAUGACAUGAGACAACCACUUACAAUUGUCCUGACUUGGGAAAAGCACAUGACAUCUGGCAGGGUAGCACCUAGCAUUCAUUUAUGAUAUUUCACAGGUGUAUAUAUCGACUGUUCAAGGGCAUUCGAUACAGUUCCAAGGGAGGUAAUGAUUAUGCUAAUGUAAAUGUUACUUUUCACGACCUCAAGCUGUGAAAUAUUGGGAAAAGAUGCUUUUUUCGACUGAUUUGAAUCAAUAGUUUGAAUGGGAGCUCAUGGAUCCCUCUCUUUUAAAAUGACAUUUGGCUUGGUUAUGUAUGAAGAUUAUUUGUACCAAUUUUUAUGAACAAAUCACUUAUGAAUUUUAAAAAAAUUAGAUGCAUAUGCAGCAAAAGAUGCCAUUUUUUCUAAAAUCAUGAACAUUUAAUAAAAAAUGAAUCAUUUCCAAAGAAUUGCUACACAAAUUUAGAGUAUAAUUAUUUAAAGAAGAUAUUCCAAAUGGUUUUUUUCAAAAAUCUGUUUGUGUUUUUCUUUUGAAACAAAAAGGUUCGGUAUGUCUUUCCUAAGGAUAGAAAUGUCUAAGAAACUGAAACUUUAAGUAAUUGUCUAUAAUUUCGACCCUUAUUUAUCUCUAAAAGUAGCACAUGAAGGUAUGUUUUUUUAAUAACAUCUUUGAAUUCACUAGGGGAAAAAUAGCUUGUAUGCAAAUUUUUAUCAAAAAUCACUGUGGGAUCAAAACUGUAUCGUAUGCCCUUAAGGUUCCCAACAGAGAUUACAGUUGAUAUGGUUAAUGGAUAAAGAUUGAUGAAAUGGGAAGUGUUAAGGGAUGAUGAUUUUUGUGAGUUUUGUCUUCCUUCAUUGUUUUUUUAUUUAAGAGGAAAUAUAUUUUAAAUUCUAAAUUAUUUAUGUGUUGUUGAAUUUAUUAUUGAUGUGUACAAUUAAUAGUUAUAUUUGCUUUAUUCCAUCUGUACUAAAACAAAGCUAUUUUUGUUUAUUUUAUAAGAGUAAGUGGGUAUUUGUAAAAAGAAUUUGUGUGAUGUGUUGUUACAAUAACCCGAUUAUGUUAUCUUCAAAUUUAAAAUUUGUAAUAUAUGAUUAUUUUGAUUAAUCAGUUAAAGCUUGUAUGUAAUAAAGCUCUUGUUAAAAUAAAAAGUCUACCACUGUUAUUGAAAA